AUGAACGCGAUACGCGGGGGCAUGCAAGUCCAUGCUGUGCCCGAGAGUGAGAGAGCUCUUGAUGCAUCAGGGAAACGUCUACCAUGGGGCUACGAGUUUGCCGAUGCAGAAAUAGGUCGUAGACGAGAGCCAGAGGAAAAGGGACCGUUUGGACGUUCAGUACGCCGCAGAGGAUUCUCACGUAGCAAAACGGCAACACCAGCGCGAAAGGAAGAUGUCGUCCGACAGGAAAACAUGCAGACCGAGGACUUCAUCUUUGCUAAGUACAAGGACGAGCUCAAGGCAAAGGACCCCGUCCAGCCUACACAAAAGCCCACGGAUGCUGCGGCAGCACAAGCAGCAAGUGACGCUGCAUCGGCAAAGGAAGCAACAGAAGUCAUCCUGUACGGCUUCGGCCCAGACUCGCAAUGGGCUGCCAUUGAAUACUAUGAACGCAUCUCUGGCGGCUCCGUCUACGAGGACUACGACCGUCACCCGCCUCACCAACGCUACGAUCACAGCUUGACGUACAGUCGCGCAAAGCUGGCUCAACGCUCGCUCUCACAAGCCGCUCUUCGCAAGCGCAACGCCUACCGUGGUGGAGACCACUGGAUCAAAGUCACCUUCGAUAGCCCCGAAGCCGCCGACCUAGCCACCCACUGCUCUCCCCACCCCAUCCACGGAUUCCUCGUCUAUGCAGAACUGUUCCGUGGCAGCGGCCCACCCAACGAUGCGUCAAUUCCUUACUCGAAUGCCGGUGCUCAAAUCGAUGGCCCAUCUCUCCCCCCCACCUUCAGCACUCGCGACACUUUGACACCAACGGACUCGUCAAACACCCUCUCCUCGGCCACCAUGACCGCCCAACCAACUUCAAGCACAAAUCUCAUUCAAGCCUCCGACACAACAGCCCUAGCACCCAGCACACCCGCACAAAAGCGACCUAUGCGUAUCCCCGGCGCCACCCGCGCAGUCCUCAAGCCUGCAGAUCUAGCUUUCGCCGAACCCAGCAAAACAGUAUCAUCUUCAUUGGCAUCAUGGCCGAUCAUCAAUCUGUUUGUCGGUACAAAGGGCGACGUGAUAGGAUCUGCCGUCCCGCGUACUGAUGAUGGAAACUUCGAUUGGAAGAAUGCUAGUUUGUACUGGUUGAUUUUUGCGUGGUUGGAUUAUUGGUUGGGUACUGACAUGUGUGGAUUGAGAGGUGAUGACUAA